UUCUCUUUAUUGAUGGUCCACAUUUAAGGAAGGUCACCAAAGAUGAUGCAGAAGGGUUGGCCACAAACAGCAGGGCCAAACUACUCAACGAUUUGUGCCGCAACAUCACCAACAGAUUUGCUGGUGACAUGGCGUUGUUCCGAGCUAGCGCUAUAUUAUCAUUCCAAAGAUGGCCUGACAUUAAAGAGAAAAUAGAUUUUGGUGAUGAGGUCGCAGAUCUCGUGCGAAUAAGCGAGCCAGCACUGGCAGCAUGUGCCCCAGAAGUCGAGAUGGGAGCCAAUGAGCCGGAAUGGACCCGGCUGAAAACAAGUUUCAGCGCCAGAUCUGUGGCUCUUGACACAAUGACAGGGGAGACAGCUUACAAGGAAGAGGGAGCACGAUGCCCAAAUUUGUUCACCCUGGUUGACUACCUCCUUACCCUACCUUCCAGUUCUGUGGAUGCAGAGCGAGGAAUUUCAAGCAUGAAGCAGAUCAAGAAUGAUUGGCGUUCAAGACUUGGAGACUGCAACUUGUCGGACCUCAUGAUGGUGUCCAUGGAAACCCCCUCUGUGGACCAGUUUGAUCCAAUGCCCACCAUCCAUCACUGGAAUUCUGGACUCAAGCGAGCGAAGAGGCCAUUCUAUAAGGAUGACAUGAAAUACUGCUCUCCGACACAGACGCACAUUCUCCUGGAUGAGGCUGGGAGCUUCAUGGAACCGGCAGAUAUCAAUGCUGAUGAUGAUGAUUGCGAUGUUGAUGCUGAUUUUGAUGUUAAUGUUGCGGCUGACAGCUCUGAUGAUGAUGAUUAUGCAAGCUACAGAGAUGUAACCGCCUUUCAAGAGAAGGCCUAUGAAAUGUUAAUAAAUCAAAUGAUAUAA